AUGGGCGGUUUUAAUACAUUCAACUACCAUAUACUGACUGAAGUGAAAGAACAGUUACGAAUCGGGGGCUUAACUAGAACAAUAGGAUAUCUAGUCUGUAGCGGUCGGUUCCCCUGUGAAAGUCUUGUAUCAAAAGUAUCAAACCGUUUAAAUAAAUACAUGUCUGCAACACAUCAUUCCAGGUUCCCGGAUGAUGUUGAAAGUGUGCUGUGUACUUUACAAAGUGUUAUUACAAGUCCAUUUAUCCAACCUCUGGAAUGGUUUCAGUGUUGGAAACAAUGCCAGUUGGGCAUAAUGACUUCCGGAGGGAAAGGAGCAAUUUUCCCUUUCUCCCCCUCGAAAUUAUUACUGAUGCCUCGGAAUCUCACGGAUCUUAAGUGUAGAAAUUUUUAUCUUCUCUCUAACGAAGACAAAAAAGGCGAGAAAUUAAAUGUUGGAAAUGAAUGGAUAAUGAGGGUUUUCAUUCGCCUUCCUUUUUCUCCAAUAAAAAAUACUCAAAAAGACACACAUUUAAGAGUCUAUAUGCCAAAUCCCUAUUUGAAAAUUGAGCAUUUGCCGCCUACUGAAAAUCAAGCAGUUCAAAGGAGAAUAUACAUGUUUUCUGCAAAAUUAGGUCGUAUUUUAUUAAACUGGCCAAAAAGACAGACUACAAUCCCGACAUGGGGGAUAUGUUCGGCCUCUUUUCCAAACAACACAAUUAGCUGGAAAUGGAUCAUUACUAGUCAUUUUAUAUUUUGUUGGGACGAUGGCCACAAUCCACCCAUGAGUGGAGCAUUUAAAACAUUAACUAAUAAUAAUAAAUGGAAAGUCAUUUCUUCUAUUCAUAACUUUUCAACUUCAAAGAAGUUGGAGCAAGAUUACCAUCCCAAAUCUGGCGGUGGAAAAAAUCAAAGACAAAUCGCCUUUUUGAAUCAAAUAUCAUUAGAUUUCCUUUUACAUGUUUGUUACUUCUCGCCGAAAACUAUAGAUGAACUGGUGAUAAAAAUUUAA